AUGCGGGCCUCAGCCCUCGUGACGCCUCUUGGUGGCGCUCCGAAUCUGUUCCACUUCAGCACAGCGGUGGAGCCCAGCCCAGGUGCCCCCAAGGCUCCCCUCCUGUUCUCAACUCAGUUAAGAAAAAGUAAAAGUAACUCCCAACUUUUUUCUAGUUUCACUUGCUGCCUUUUCUAUUUUAUGGGCACUUUUUAUGUAACUUCCCCAACGCAGCCAAAGGCCAGCAUGACAGAACCCAUGGCACACGUUGCCUCCGUUUUGCCCAUUUGGAAAAUGUUAUUAAAACAAUUAGCAUCUUCUAAUGGCCAUCACUCAUACCCAUAUUAA